AUGUUUGGCAUCCCUCUUUACUUUGGCAUGCGAGGCAACACCCUGAACUGGGCCAUCGGUUUCAUUGCCGGUCUUGAUUUCCUGCUCUUCGGAUACGACCAGGGCGUAACAGGCGGUCUGCUCGACCUCCCGUCGUUCGUAAAAUAUUUCCCCAAAAUCAACCCCAAAGAGGAAGGCAUCUCGGAGGCGGAGGAGACCGCGCGCAACACCUAUCAAGGAAUCGCAGUGGCUGCCUACAAUCUGGGCUGCUUCCUGGGCGCCGUGUUCACUAUCUUCGUGGGAAAUCCGCUGGGCCGUCGGAAGACGAUCUUCUGGGGGUCGGUCAUUAUGACCAUUGGUGCACUGCUACAGUGCUGCGCGUACGAUCUGCCCCAGUGGAUUGUCGGCCGCAUUGUGACCGGAUGGGGAAACGGCAUGAACACCAGUACUGUUCCUACGUGGCAGUCGGAGACGGCGCAGGCCCAUGCACGCGGCAAGCUUGUCAUGGUCGAGGGUAUGCUGAUAACGGCGGGGAUCACCAUUAGCUAUUGGUUGAAUUAUGGCAUGGCAUGGAUUGGCGAAAACGAAGUCUCCUGGCGUUUCCCGCUCGCGUUCCAAAUCGUAUUCGCCCUGAUCAUCUUCGGCACCAUUCUCAAUCUCCCCGAGUCACCGCGAUGGCUCGUGAUGCAGGGUCGCGACGAAGAGGCCAUUGAAGUCCUCGAGGUACUCAAUGAGAAAAACCGCGAUGACCCGUUUAUCCAGAACGAAUACAGAUCUGUGCAGCAGACGGUCAAGGAGAUGUCCCAGGGCUCGUACCGCAGUCUCUUCCAAAUGACCGAAUACCGUGAAUUCCACCGUGUGGCUCUGGCAUACGUCUGUCAGAUGUUCCAGCAAAUCUCGGGGAUCAAUCUUAUUACUUACUACGCCCCAAAACUAUUCGACGAGAUCAAUCUUUCGGAAAACAACUACCCCAAGCUGAUCGCCGCCUGCAACGGCACCGAGUACUUCCUGGCAUCUCUCAUUCCGAUCUUCAUCAUCGAAAUGGUUGGUCGUCGCAAACUCAUGUUGAUCGGCGCGGCCGGAAUGUCCCUCUCCAUGGUCGCCCUAGCAGUCAGCUAUGAGCAGCUGCACCAACCCGAGAAAAACAUGAAGGCAGCCCCCGCGCAGAUCGUCUUCCUGUUCGUCUUCAACAGCUUCUUCGCACUGGGCUGGCUAGGCAUGACGUGGCUGUAUCCGGCUGAGAUUGUGCCUCUGCGUAUCCGCGCACCGACUAAUGCGUUGUCAACGAGCGCAAACUGGAUCUUCAACUUCCUCGUCGUAAUGAUCACCCCCGUCGCGUUCAAGACAAUCGGGUAUAAGACCUAUGUUAUUUUCGCAGUGAUCAACGCCGUCAUCUUCCCCAUCGUAUAUCUCUUCUACCCAGAGACGCGCUACCGCUCGCUCGAAGAAAUGGACGAUAUCUUCAAGAAGACCACCAACGUCUUCAACGUCGUGCACCACUCCAUUAAAGAGCCGCACCGCUUUGACAAGUACGGUCAACUCAAACCUGAGUAUGCGGAGGAGGUGCGUCGCCAGAGUAUUAAGGAGGCGGAUGCGGAUGAUGUUCAUGAGGCGGUUGAGAAGGCUUCGUAG